CUCCCGGCCGGAGCCGCCGAGGCAAGAUGGCUGCGGCCCGGGGCAGCCUGCGCUGAGCGCGGGGCGGGGAGCUUUGAAGUGGAAUGCCAUGGCCAGUUCCUCUGACAGUGAAGAUGACAGUUUCAUGGCUGUGGACCCGGAAGAAGCAGUGGUGGAAGGGACAAUGGAGCAAGAUGACGAGCCGCACGCAGAGCUGGAGGUCGAGGAGACGAGGCAUAACAGAUCGAUGCUGGAGUUGCCAGAAGAGGUUUUGGAAUAUAUCUUGUCCUUCCUCUCACCAUAUCAGGAGCACAAAACCGCUGCCCUUGUCUGCAAACAGUGGUAUCGACUUAUCAAAGGUGUGGCCCAUCAGUGUUAUCAUGGCUUUAUCAAGGCAGUCCAAGAGGGAAAUAUUCAGUGGGAGAGUCGCACAUAUCCCUAUCCUGGAACCCCGAUAACACAGCGCUUCUCUCACAGUGCAUGCUACUAUGACGCUAAUCAGUCAAUGUAUGUGUUUGGUGGCUGCACGCAAAGCAGUUGCAACGCUGCAUUCAAUGACCUCUGGAGACUUGACCUAAACAGCAAAGAGUGGAUCCGGCCUCUGGCAUCAGGUUCUUACCCUUCACCUAAGGCUGGAGCCACUUUAGUGGUGUACAAGGACUUGCUGGUACUGUUUGGUGGGUGGACGCGACCAAGUCCUUAUCCUCUGCACCAGCCAGAGAGGUUCUUCGAUGAGAUACACACCUACUCACCCUCCAAAAAUUGGUGGAACUGCAUUGUGACGACCCAUGGGCCACCUCCCAUGGCAGGACACUCCUCCUGUGUAAUAGAAGACAAAAUGAUCGUCUUUGGGGGCUCGCUGGGAUCUCGGCAAAUGAGUAAUGAUGUCUGGGUUCUGGAUCUGGAGCAGUGGGCUUGGUCGAAGCCAAAUGUCUCUGGGCCAAGCCCUCACCCACGAGGUGGCCAGUCUCAGAUUGUCAUAGAUGAUGAGACCAUCUUAAUCCUUGGUGGCUGUGGGGGGCCAAAUGCUCUGUUCAAGGACGCCUGGUUACUGCACAUGCACACGAACCCUUGGACGUGGCAGCCACUGAAGGUGGAAAACGAAGACCAUGGGGCUCCUGAGUUGUGGUGCCAUCCUGCCUGCAGGGUGGGACAGUGUGUUGUGGUCUUCAGCCAGGCUCCCAGCGGGAGAGCUCCACUGAGCCCAAGCUUAAACUCUCGCCCCUCUCCCAUCAGUGCCACGCCACCAGCCCUGGUUCCUGAAACGCGGGAAUACCGCUCUCAGUCUCCGGUUAGGAAUGCGGAUGAAGCUCCCUGUGUGAAUGGGCGCUGGGGCACCCUGAGGCCCAGAGCACAAAGACAAACCCCGUCAGGGUCCAGGGAAGGGAGUCUGUCCCCAGCCAGGGGGGACAGUUCCCCUGUACUGAACGGUUUAUCUCCUGGAGCCACGGCAGCAGGCGGUGCCUCACUGGACAGUCCCGUACAGGCAGUAUCACCCAGCACGCCUUCUGCUGCUGAAGGAUACGACCUGAAAGUGGGACUUUCCCUCGCCCCGAGACGAGGAUCGCUACCAGAUCAGAAAGACCUGCGAUUAGGAUCGGUAGAUUUGAAUUGGGAUCAGAAACCAGCUUCCAUUAGCUGUCAGAUGGACGGGGCGGACAACAGGACAGUUGGCGGAAGCGUGAGAAACCCCCCAGAGCAGACCAACGGGAUCCACACCCCACCACACGUUGCUAGCUCCCUCCCAGGGGCAGUCUCCCCAGGCGCGCUCCGAAGAAGCCUGGAGGCUGUCAAGGCCCUGUCUUCCAAAGGUGCAUCGGCUUCAGCAGCAUUGAGCCCUCCUUUAGUGUCCUCGCCGGGAUCCCCUGGCAGCCAGAGCGUGAGCAGUGCCGAGGCGGCGCCACGUCCCAGCUCUGCCCAGGGGGAUGGCCACUCCUUACCUCCCAUUGCUCGCCGGCUGGGCCACCAUCCUCCACAGUCUCUGAAUGUUGGCAAGCCUUUGUAUCAGAGCAUGAACUGCAAACCCAUGCAGAUGUAUGUGCUGGACAUUAAAGACACCAAGGAGAAAGGACGAGUCAAAUGGAAAGUGUUUAACAGCAGCUCGGUGGUGGGGCCACCCGAGACCAGCCUUCACACAGUGGUGCAAGGCCGGGGCGAACUAAUCAUAUUCGGUGGUCUCAUGGACAAGAAACAGAACGUGAAGUACUAUCCCAAAACAAAUGCCUUGUACUUUGUGCGAGCAAAGAGAUAAUGUGGCAAAGGCUGUUCCCACCCCUCCCUUCUUCCCUGUGGCUUUUUUUUUUCUUUUAAAUCCUUCCUCUGUCACGCAGGCAUUUAGACUGUGAAUUAGGGAACAAGAAACCAAUAAAAUCCAAGCAGAAUGUCAGUGCUGCCCUCCAGGUCCCAGCGUGACCCCGACUCUGGGUUUGGUUCAGAAAUGUCCAACUGAGAGAAUUCUGUUUACAAAUGGGGAGAAAUCUCCAUUCUGGUGGGAUUCAUGGUUGCUGUGUUCUAGCAGGAGCUUUGCUGCCGCCUUAUUCUUUGCUGAUAACUAGACCGAGAAUUCAGGGUGAGCAGGGCGGGGAGUGGGGGAAUCUUCUAACAUCCAGUAGCUUCAGAAAUUUUCCAGGGGUAUAGAGAGGCCUCUUCAAUGUCUAUAUACAAUUCCAGCCCCUAAAGGGUUGGAGAUGCUGUAUUGAAUACCUGCAGGCAAGAGGCCAUAAGCAUGUAUGCACUGAUACUAUCCACGCUUGUCUUGUUGCAUAUGGCUGCACAA